CCUGCGAACACUCAUUCCUGUCAAAAACUCGCGUACGAGAACACGUUAUUUGCCUGAUUUUUCGAUCAAUGAUCAUUGUUAUUGUUUGUGAACGGUAUAAUUUAAUGAUAAAACGUAUAGUCGUCGCGUCCGCCAACGCCGCCAAUAUUUUUAUAUUCUUACGAAAAUAUUAUUGUGCAACACUCCCGGUAUGCAUUUUGCAGUCGUUAUGAAAUAAGUGAAACAGUAGGAUUCUAGGGGUUUGCAAUUCGUAUCUUGCAGCAAGGUCGUGACUUUUUGAGAUAAAAAUCUAGCCUGCUUAUUGAACUGAUGCGUGCUCCCAUCUUUCGCAUUGUUUCGGUGUGUUUAUUAGUGUUGUGACAGUGAGAGGCAGACUGAAUAAUGGGCUCCACAGGCCUCACUCUGGCAGAUUUGCCAAAUAUUUUUAUUAUGAUCGGCGCUCUUGUGGCGCUGUUCGUGAUGUUAGUUAUUCUGCUCAGGAACAUGGAGGUGAUAGGCAUAAUGGGUGAAGGUCGGGAAGACGCUUGGGCCCGCACAAUGCAGCCCCCAAGACUCCUCAUGCAGAGGGUCCACAUACCUUUUACAUUUAAGAUACAGGAAAACGCUCCUUUAGGUUAUAAUGGUGUGAACUGCUGCGUGUCCUCAACAGUGAGGUAUUGGCACGCGAGCUGGUGGGGGGCUCCGGUGCGGGAGCUGCACAGGACCCUGUGGGGGUCGCUGGCGGAGAUCCUCGCAUCUAAUAACUUUAAUUUUACAAAAAGCAGCCCACACGACGAGAAGGCGCUCAAGCUAUCGACUGAGGAGCCUCUUCACCUGGGGCCGCCUCCUCGGUCCUGCUACCCUCUCGUCGUGAUCCUGGCCCGAGAUCUACGGGAUACGGGGGAGCUGAGACCUGAUGAUACGGUGGCGCUUAUAAGUGUGGUGCACAUAAGAGAUGACCAGUGUCCACUGCCCAGUGGUGUCAUUGCGCAGUACUUGAAGCAGGCAAAUGGACAUCUAUCCUGUUUGAAGCAACUAUACGUGAGCGGCGAGUGCGGUGGCGCGGCGGAGUACGGCGCAGCACAUGCAGCCGACGCGCUGUGCUGCGUGUGCGCCGCACACCCGCUGUCGCGAGCGCUGCUGCCCUGCCGGCACGCUUGUCUCUGUGCCGACUGUUUGCCGAAACUAGACAAGUGUCCGAUCUGCCGCAGCGUGAUAACCAGCUACUUCUGCAUCCGCAAUGAUGACGAGCGCGACCUGUCCGAGCUGAAGCAGCAGCGCUUCUUCAACCGGCGCCUCUUCAACCUGUUCCACUACCACUAGCCAGGUUGCAACAAUGACUGAAGGACAUUAGAACGUGCAAGAACAGUAACAAUAUCAGACUUGCCACUAAACGACAGUGUGAUAUUAGAACUACCGACUGACGACAAAAAAUAAAAGUAAACAAACUAAAGAAAAUACGUAAAAACACAUAUUUUCAAAGUGAACGUGACAUUGUGAACUUUUAAUUUAAUUUUAAUGUUAAUUUUUAUGUGUGAUAUGGAAAUUGUGAAUUAAUGAAGUGGUAACACUUAAAUUAAUGUCAAAAAUGCUGCCAUUUUUUUAAUGACAGUUAAUUACAAAAUGAGAUGAAGAGAAAUGAAGCUACAUAGGGUUAUACAUACUUUACAUUUUUUUUGCAGGAAAUGUUGACUCAUCAAGGUGAUUAAAUUAGGUGUUACCACUUUAUUUUAUUGUUUAAUGUCCGAAAAUACGUUCUGUUUUAUGUAAACUUAUAUCGUCACUUAGUCGCUGUAUAUCUAAUCCAUGUUUUGUAUCAUUGUAUAUUACAAGCGAGAUAAAAAUCGUCAUAUGUUUUGGCUAGACUUAAGAAAUGUCAAAUUAAAAAAAAGGUAAGAAGAGUACAGGAGAAUAACAGAACUUAUAGAACAAAUGAUAAAUAUGUUUCGCACUACAAGUACCUAACUGUUUUGAGGCGAAAUUUUAUGUCUUAUGAGGCUGCAAGCUCUAAAGAUAUUAGAAGAAUUGACUGACCUGACAGUCUAUUCUUUGCUAAUGGGUAAAACUCCCAAGUCAUCGAGUCAAUGUUCAGGCGACUUUGUAUGUAUGUUUGUAUGUAAGAGUGGAUGAGAAUUAUGGAAAACUGUGAUAAAGAUGCUUUGUAAAUUUGCUGUAAUAUGUACAUAUACUUUAGGAUUUACUUUAUAAUUUGUUAUGUUGACGGUAACCCUUUGGAUGUCGACUUUUAGCCUAAAUUAUAAAUAUUACAGACAAAUAUAUGUAUAUGCACAUAAAUUAUUUAAAAUUUGUACGAUAUAAGAUGGCUGUUAUAUAUUGAGAAAAAUAUACCUUAUUUGUUAAGCAGUUAAGUUCAAUUUUAUAGUCAAAAUUAUUUCAAUUAUUGGAAGCCUGUCGACUUUCAAAGGGUUGAAAUAAAUGUAACUAUCGAGGAGGCUCGCUUUUAUGAACAUAAUUGUGCCCUAAAAAGUUUAUUAAAUGAUUUAAUUAAAAACUGCGCCUAGCUGUAACCAUAGACUAUGGAUCAAUUAUGAGCAUAGAGAAGUCAGACCUCCUUAAUCGAGUCUUUAUUAGUUAAACUAGCUUUUCUAUCAUAAUUACUUAUUUAUGAAGAUUCAGAAUUCACUGGAACUUAGAUUAUCAUACAUGUACUAGAAAAUGUAACAUAAAUUGUGAAUAAAAAUGAUAAGUAUCUAAAAUAUUUUUCUAUGGUACAUGUGUAGUGUAGAUUUAAUAUUUUAGUCCUAUGUAGUCUUCCAGAUACCCUAAUGUAGAUCUCAUUUGAGUUACAAUAAAUAUAAUUUACAUGA